AUGUCGUCAUUGUCGUCGUUAGCGGACCUCCCGUGGCAGGCGCGCGGCGGCGGGGUCUUCGACGUCGGGCAGGGCAGCGCGCUGGUGCUCGCGUCGUACCCGGUGCUCCUGCUCCUCGUCCUCCUCUCCGCGUUCGUCAGGUACGUGUGGAUCGCGCUGGCGCUCUACCGCGCGAUCUUGUUCGUGAUCACAUGCACCGGCCGCUUGCUGGCCGGGCCGGUGGUGUUCGUGCACGACGAGGCCACGGCGGCCGUCGAGCGGGGCGGCCUACCACAGGCGUCCAUUCCGGCCAUGCCAGCGUUCGUGUACGGCGCCGCAGCUUCGGCCGGUGCCGGCAAUCGCGAGGCCCAGUGCGCGGUUUGCCUGAAGGCUCUGUCCGGCGGGGAGAAGGUGCGGCGGCUACCGAUGUGCGCGCACACGUUCCACGUCGGGCGCAUCGACAUGUGGUUCCACUCUCAUGCGACGUGCCCGGUCUGCCGGUGCCAUGUCGAGCCGCAGAAGGCGGGCAAAGUGUCGCCAUUGUCGCCAGAGCCAGCUCGAUCUGCCGCCGGUGUAGUUGUUGCUGGCGGUGCCAGGACAAUUUUUUUAGAACGAAGGCUCAAGUCGAGUCCGGCUUCGAAUUAA